UACGCUUCGUUGAAAUACAUCGUCCACCAGUUACCCAUGAAUAAAAUUUCUGUACAUACUAUUCUUAUUAAUAUUUUCUGAAUAUAAAUUACUUGAAUAAUUUCGUAUAUUUUCAGGUUCGAAUAGCCGUCAUGAAACGCUUGAAUGGUUACAAACCAUUUCUAUAUAAUUUAACCUUAGAUUUUUGUAAUUACAUGAGGAAUCCUAAUUCUGGAAAUCUGCUUGCAAACUUUGGUUACAGUAUCAUUAAGCCCUAUAGUAAUGUUAAUCAUUCUUGCCCCUACACUAGCGAUAUAAUUUUGGAUAAGUUGCCGAUCAGCUUUCUCAACCACAAGUUAACCAAAAUUCUACCAGUUCCUGAAGGUGAAUAUCGCGUAAAUACUAAUGUUUUCAUUCAAGGAAUUAAGCGUGCGGACGUAUUUAUUUUUUAUAAGAUUUUCUGAAGAAUGAGUUAAUACAAUAGGUAUUAAAACAUUAUAAGCAUCAGGUGUGCUAAAGAAUUUUG